UUUGUUUAAAUCAUGAGUUUGAUUUCCUCUCACGCUGAAUACCCACGCUGUUAAGCAUUAUCAAUUCACCUUGUCCUAAAAUUAUUCUUGGACUAGGGAUUUUCCCGAUUACGGAAAGCGGCGGCGCUGCGGGGGCGGGGGUGAGUUUCGCAAGCAGAGCUGACGGCGGCCGCGCUCCUAGUCCUGCGCCUUCACCCUACCUCCAUCCCCAGGGAACCACGCGCCCCUCGAGCUGUUUUUCAGCACCGAUACUGUUCACCUUGGUUUUCUAAAAAUACUGUAAAGCAGUCCUCUCCAUAUUCCUCGCGGAGCGUUUUAAACAAGUAGGUCCACACAUGACAGCAGUUACCACUUCCACCCGCCAGCGAGGGAGUGAAAAUCGGCCCGACGCUUCCUCUUUCACACACCGAACCCGCGCCGCUCAACAGGGAAAAGUUAGCAGAGGAGGGCGCGGGGCGGAGCGGCGGCCGCAGGGGCGACAGGGAACGUGCCAGCUCUAGCCUGGUGACACGGGAACUUCUAAAGUCCCCUUGUGUAUGUUCUUCGUCUAAUGCGGCGAACGACGCGGCUGAGACUUGUGUAAGUAGGGACGGCACCUGGAGGACUCGGAACCCCAAGCAGACGGGUCGGUGGCCCCGGCUCUCACAGCACAGCCGGGCGCGCUCGGGCGCAGGCGCGUGCGCAGGCGCAGUCGCGGCCUGGAGGGACUAGUUGGCGCGCGGCGGCCGGGCGUGGUGACGUCAUGGCGGAAGCGCACGCUGCGUGCAGCGGCCCAGAACCCGGCGGUCACGGGAAUAUCAGUCGCGCCGAGGACACUGGUUAGUCUCGCUCCGGGUUCCGGCUGCGUUGAGCGUGCGUGCAGCUCGCUGAAACUAUGGCGUCCGGGCCUCACCCGACCGCGACCGCUGCCGCCGCUGCCUCGUCGGCCGCCCGUGGCGAUGGCAACGGGGCAGGUGUUGUUUCAUCGCUUUUUCUACUCCAAGUCUUUCGUCAAACACAGUUUCGAGAUUGUUGCCAUGGCUUGUAUUAAUCUUGCAUCAAAAAUCGAAGAAGCACCCAGAAGAAUAAGAGAUGUGAUCAAUGUAUUCCACCACCUGCGCCAGUUAAGAGGAAAAAGGACUCCAAGCCCCCUGAUCCUUGAUCAGAACUACAUUAACACCAAAAAUCAAGUUAUCAAGGCAGAGAGAAGGGUGCUAAAGGAGUUGGGAUUUUGUGUUCAUGUCAAGCAUCCUCAUAAGAUCAUUGUUAUGUAUUUACAAGUCUUAGAAUGUGAACGUAAUCAAACCCUGGUUCAAACUGCCUGGAAUUAUAUGAAUGACAGUCUUCGAACCAAUGUUUUUGUUCGAUUUCAACCAGAGACUAUAGCAUGUGCUUGCAUCUACCUUGCAGCUAGAGCACUUCAGAUUCCAUUACCAACUCGUCCCCAUUGGUUUCUUCUUUUUGGUACUACAGAAGAGGAGAUCCAGGAAAUCUGCAUAGAAACACUUAGGCUUUAUACCAGAAAAAAGCCAAACUAUGAAUUAUUGGAAAAAGAAGUAGAAAAAAGAAAAGUAGCCUUACAGGAAGCCAAAUUAAAAGCAAAGGGAUUGAAUCCCGAUGGCACUCCAGCCCUUUCAACCCUUGGUGGAUUUUCUCCCGCCUCUAAGCCAUCAUCACCAAGGGAAGUAAAAGCUGAAGAGAAGUCACCAAUCUCCAUUAAUGUGAAAACAGUCAAGAAAGAGCCUGAGGAUAGACAGCAGGCUUCCAAAAGCCCUUAUAAUGGUGUAAGAAAAGAGAGCAAGAGAAGUAGGAACAGCAGAAGUGCAAGUCGAUCAAGAUCAAGAACACGAUCACGUUCUAGAUCACAUACUCCGAGAAGACAACUUGGCUCCAAAUGAUUCGCUGUUUCAAAAAAUCCAAUACUCCACAGAGGAAGAUUACUGCCACUAAGGAUGUUUUUUAAAAAAGGUAAAAACAGCUUCUGAAGAGGAUUCUGAAGACGACUUCCAAAUACGGUCACCAGUGGUGGGCAGUGAGGCUGGAAAGGUAGAUAGCAGUCACAAGACUGCUUACUGCUUUGAAGGAGAGGAGAGCAAGACUCACUUGGAUGUAAAAAUGUCGGGUAUGCUGUUUAAACCCAUUACAUUUCAAACUAAAAACUAACAUGACCUAGAAUACUAACCUGAAAGUGGGUAUAUAGUUCAUUAAGUCAACAUGAUUGUUUUAUAUAUUGCUGAGCUAUAAAUUUAUAUUUCUGAAGAAUUUAAACUGCCUCUAAAUACUGAAACUAUGAGGAAGAAAUGCAAAGGAAAAUGUCAGUAU